AUAUUAUUGUGUACAAAUCAUUUAAAUUUAUUUUAUUAUUUUCUUGUAGUUUUUGAGGUUUAUCUGUAAUUUAUAUCCAAACUGUCGCUGUCUAAGCAGUCUGGCAACAUUUAAUCGAUUUGUUAUCGAGCAUCGAUAGUCUACGAUUUCAAUAUCGAUGCUUUUCAUUUAAGUGUUUUGAAAGUUCAACCGCUGUCAGUCAAUUUUAAUUUUCCCCAUCAAAAUGGCAUCGAAUAAAAAUUAUAGGCGAAAUAAAUCAAUGAAAAUGGAGGGAAAAUCACAAUGCAUCAACUGGAGGACUAUAAACUCGCAUCAUGAACAGAAUAAGAGGAUUAGGGACAAACUCGACACAAGAAGCAGGAGAAGAGAAUCAUUCCAACGACACCGACUGGAGGAGCUCUCGCUGCAUCUGAUGCAGCCUCGGAUGCCAGAUCUGCCCUAUGUACGAAGGAGGAGCAGGCAGACAGAGCCUCAGCCCGUUGAGCUGGAAGAUGGCGAGCUGUCUGACGAAGAUGUUGAGAUGCUGCCCAUCUGCCGCUUCCAUCUGGCAAACAACUGCACUCUGAGCAGCGGCUGCCGCCUCAGGCAUUCGGGAGGCACUGAUAUGGGCAACUACGUCAUGUUUGAGCCCGUUAAAUUGCCGCUGCUGCCAAUGCCGGGCAUGUACGGCACAUGUAUGGAGGGGCUGUCGCCCGUGGCAGGCUGGAUGCACGAGACGGAGCGGGAGAGCUCCUUUGAUAGAAGUCUGAAUAACUUUCGGCAGCUCAUGCUGCAGUCUGGGCAUAAAGUGGGCGGCCAUUUGGCCAAGUGUGGAGACAACGAACAGUCUCUGACGGAGUUGAACGAUUUGGAUACAGAUCCCUACUACACGCAUCCCGAGCAGGCUGAUGAACGUUCACCUCCGCGAUCCCCGAUGAACAGCUCAAGCCCGUACUACGAUGACCUGUUACGGUGGCGUGGGCGCAAUAUGCUGGAUUGGCAAUCGAGCAGCAGCAGCAGGAGAAGCAGCAUCAGUAGCAGCAGCUCGUCCGAUUACUCCUCCACAACGAAUUCGAUGAGCUCCUCAUCGCCCACGACACUGUGCUCAGACAAUCCACUCAAACGCAAGCUGUACCGUAGGCAAAAGUGCCGCAGGUGGAACACUUACUUAUCCUCGGACAGCGAUUCGUCCAGCUAUAGAUCCAGCACACCCUCCUCUGAGCAGAGCUAUUCCUCCUUGGACUUGAACAUGGAUAGCAUCAAUUCAAAUUACCCGAACUCAAUGAGAAGAAUUAAAACAGAUGCCGGACCUCCGUCGAAGAGUCGAAAAACUCUCUAAAGAAAUAAUUUAUAUGAAUUAACAGCACAUUUAUUAUUGGUUUUUGAAACUCCAGGAAAGUCCUUUGGAAAUAUUUUCAUUCAUUGAAAGUUGAGCAACCAACUUUAAUAUUUUGCCAU